AUGGGGGGGGUGGGGUUUGGUGGGUGUGUGUUUUUGGGGGUGGGUGGGGGGUGUGUGGAUGGUUGGGGGGGGGGUGUGUGGGGUUUGUUGGUGGUGGGGGGGGGGUUGGUGGGUUUGGGGGGUGGGUGUGUGUUGGGUGGGUGGGUGGAGGUUGGGGGGGGGGGGGGGGUGGGGUGUGGUUGGGUUUGUGGGUUUGGGGGGGUUUUGGGGGUGUGUGGGGGUGGGUGUGGGGGGGUGGUGGUGGGUUGUUGGUGUUGUGGUUGGGUGGGGGUUGUUGGGGGGUUUUGGUGGGGGUGUUGUGGGGUGUGGGGGUGUUGGUGUGGGUGUUGGGUUGUGUGGUUGUGGGGGUGUGGGGUUGUGUGGGUGGGGGUUGGUUGGGUGUUGGUUGUUUGGGUUUGGUGGUGGUUUUGUAUGUGUUGUGUUUGGGGGGGUGGGUGUGGUUUGUUGGGUGUUGUUUUGGUGUUUGGGUUUUGGGUUUUGGGGGGUGUGGGGUUGUGGUGUUUUUGGUGUGGGUGGUGUUUUGUGUUUGUGGGGGUUUGUUUGUUGUGGGUUGGGUGGGUUUUUGGUGGGUGUUUUGGUGGUUUUUGUGGGUGGUGUUUGGGUGGUUGGGGUAGGGUGGGGGGUUUUUUUUUUAUGGGUUUGGGUGGGUGUGGUGGGUUGUGGGGGGGGGUUGUGGUGUGGGGGUGGGUGUUGUUUUUUUGUUGGGUUUGGUGUUGGGUGGGGGGUGUGUUGGUGUUGUGGUGUGUGUGGGGGUGUUGGGUUUUGGUGUUGGUUUGUUUGUUUGUUUGGGGUGGGGGGGUGGUGGGGGUUGUGGUGGGGGUGGUUGGGUGGGGGUGUGGGUUUUUUGUUUUUGUUGGGGUGUGGUGGGUGGGUGGGGGGGAUGGUGUUUUUGGGUUGGGGUUGUGUGGGGGGUGGGGGGGGUUGGUGGUGGUGUGUUUGGUGUGUGUUGGGUGUUGGGGGUGGUUAUUUUUUUUUUGUGUUUUGUUGUUUGGGUUGUGGUGUUUUGUUGUGGUGUGGGAGGGUGUGGGGUGGUUGUGGGGUUUUUUGUGGGGGGUGUUGUGGGGGUGUGGUUUGGGGGUUUUGGGGGUGGGGUUGGUGGUGGUUUUUUUUGGGGGGGUUGGUUGUGGGGGUUUGGGAUUUGGGUUUGUUGGGGGUGGUGGUUUUGUUUUUUGGUGUGUUGGGUUUUUUGUUUGUGUGUUGGGGUUGGUGUGGUGUUUGUGUGUGGGUAUUUGGUUUGGUUUGGUUUGGGGGUGUUGUGGUGUUUUUUUUGGUGUGGUGUUUUGUGUGGGUUUUGUGUGUGGUGUUUUUUGUUGUGGUGGUGUGGUUUGUUUUGGGUUGUUGGUUGUGUGUUUGUUGGGAUUUUUUUGUUUUGUUUUUUGGUGUGUUGUGUGGGGUGUAGUGUUUUUGUGUGUUGGGUUUUUUUGUUUGUUUGUUGUUGUGUGUGUGUGUUUUGUGUUUUUGGUGGUUUUUUUUUUGUUGUUGUGGGGGGGGGGUUUUUGUGGGGUUUGGGUGUUGUGGUUGGGUUUGGGGUGUUGUUUGGUUUUGUGGGUUUUGUGGGUGUUGUGGUUGGUGUUUUGUUGGGUGUGGUUUUGUGGUUGUGUGUUUGUGGUUGGUUGUGUGUUGUGUUGUGGUGUGUGUGGUGUUUGGUUUGUGGGGGGUUGGGGGUUGUUUGGGGGUGGUUUGUUGGGGGGGGUUGUUGUUUUGGGGUGGUGGGUUUGUUUGGUGUGUUGUUGUUUUGUGUUUUUUGUGGUGGGUGGUUUGGUUGGGUUGUUGUGGUGUGUGUUUUGUGGGUGUGGGGUGGGGUGGGGUGGGGGGGGGGGGGGGGGGUGGUUGGGUGGGGGUGGGGUGGGGGUGUUGUUUUGGGUGGGGUUUUGGGGUGGUUGGGGUUUGGGGUGUGUGGUGUGUGGUGUUGGGGUGGUGGGUGGUGUGGUGUGUGGUGGUGGGGGGGGUGUGUUUGUUGUGUGGUUGGUUUGGUGGGGGGGGGGGGUUGGUUGUUGGGGGUGGGGGUGGGGUUGUUGUUGGGUGGGGUGGGGUUGGGGUGUGGUGUGGUUUGGGGGGGUUUGUUGGUGUUUUUGUUGGGUUGUUGUUGGUUGGGUUUUAUUGUUGUUGUUUUUGUGUGGUGUUGUUGUUUUUUGUGUUUGGUGUGGUGGGUGUGUUGUGGUGUGGGGUUUGGUUUAUGUUGGGGGGGGUUGGUGGGUUGGUUGGGUGUGUGUUUGGUUGUGUUGUGUUUGUGGUUUGGGGGGUGGUGGGUUUGAUGUAGGUGUUGGUUUUUUUGGGUGUUGGGUGGUUGGGUGGGUUGGGGGUUUUGGUUUUGGGUGUUGGUUGGGUUGGGGGGUGUGUUGGGGGGUUUGGGGUUGGUGGUUGGUGGUUUUUUGUGUUUUUGUUUUUUUGUUUGUGUUUUGUGUUGGGGUGGGGUUGUUGGUUGGUGGUUGGGUUUGGGGGGGUUUUUGGUUGGUUGGGUUGGGGUGGUGGGGUUUGGUUGGGUUUGGGGGGUUGUGGGUUGGGGGGGUGGUGGUUGGGGGUUGUGGGGUUGGGGGGGGGGUUGAGUUUGGGGGUUGGUGGGGGGGUUUGGUUGGUUGGGGGGUGGUUGUGUGGUUGGGGGGGGGGUUGUUGUGGGUUGGGGGGGUUGUGUGGUGGUGUGGUGGGGGUGGGGGGUGUUUGUGUGUGUGUGGGGUUGGGUGGUUGUGUGUGGUGGUGUGGGGUGUGUUGUGGUGUGUGUGGUUGUGUGUGGUUGUGGGUGGGUUUGUGUGUGUGUGUGGGGGGUGUUUUUGGUGUGUUUUGGGUGGGUGUUUUGUUGUGGUGUGUGUGUUGGUUUGUGUGGUUUUUGGUGUGUGUGUUGGUGUUUUGGUGUGGUUGGUGUUUUUGGGGGUUGUGUUGUUGUGUGAUUGUGUGUGUGGUGUGUUUGUGUGUGUUUGUGAGUGUUUUAUGGUGUUGUGUGUGUUUUGGGGGGGUGUGGUGUGGUUGGUGUGUGUGUGUGGAGGGUUUGUGGUUUGUUGUGGUGGUGUUGUGGGUUGUGUGGUGUGUGUGGUGUGUGUGUGUGUGUGUGUGUGUGGGGGUUUGUGGUGUUGUGUGGUUUGUGGUUUGGUGUUGUGGUUUUUUUUGUUUUGUUGUUUGGUGUUUUGUGGGUGGGGUGGGGUGGGUUGGUGGUGGAGAGUGGUUUUUGUUGUGUUUUGGGGGGGUUUGUGUGGGGGUGGGGGGGUGGUGUGUUGGGUGGGUGUGGUGGGGGGGUGUUUGGGGGGUUGGGGGGGGGUGUUGGGUUUGGGGGUGUGGGUUGGGGGGGGGUUGGGGGGAGGGGUGGGGUUGGUUGGGGUGGGGGGUGUUUUGGUGGGGGGUGUGGGGGUGUGUUGGGGUGGUGGGGGGGGUGUGGGUGGGGGGGUAUUGGUUGGUUGGGGGUGGGGGGGGGGGUGUGGGGUUGGGUGGGGUGGUGGUGGGGUGUUGUUUGGUUGGGGGGUUGGUGGGUGGUGGUGGGUGUGUGUGUGUGGGGGGGUUUGGGUUUUGUGGGGUUGUGUUGUGGGGGUUUUUUUGUGUGGGGUUUGUUGUUGGUGUGGGGUGUUAGGGGGGGGUGGGGGGGGUGGUGUUGUGGGGUGUUGGUUGUGGUGGGUUGUUUGGUGUGGGAGUUUUUUGGUUUGGUGUGUUUGUUGGUUGGGGGGGUGGGGGUGGGGUGUGUGGGUUUGGUGGGUGGGGUUUGGGUUGGUGUGGGGGUGGUGGGUUGGGGGGGUGGGGUGUGUGGUUUGUGGGGGUGGGUUGUGUAGUUUGGGUGUGUGUGUGGUUGGUUUAGUUUUUUUGUGUUGUUGUGUGUUGUGGGUUUUAUGUUGGUUUGUUGUUUGUUUGUUUUUGAUUUUGGUUUAUUUUGGUGGUAGUGAGUUUGUUAUUAAUUUUUGUUGUUUUUGUUGUUUGGUUGUGUUUUUGGGGUUGUUUGGGGGGGUGUUGUUGGGGUGGGGUUGGUUUGUUUUGGGUGUGUUUGUUUUGUGGGGGGGGGGGGUGGUGUUGGUUUUUGUGGGGGGUUGGUGUGGGGGUGUUGGGUGUUGGUUUUUGGUGGUUUGGGGUUGUUGGUUUUUUGUGGUUGGUGUUUGUUGUUUGGUUGUGGUUUUUUGUUGUUGUGGUGGGUUUGUUGUUUUUUUUGUUGGGUUGUUGUGUGGUGUGGUAUGUUUUGGGGGGGGUGUUUGGGGGGGGGGGUUUUGUGGGUUGGGUUGUGUUUGUUUUGUUGGGUGUGUGUUUGUUUUUGUGUGUUUUGGUUGUGUUUUUUUGUGUGGGUGGGUUGGUUGUGUGGGUGUGGGUUGGUUGGGGGUUGGGUUUGGUUUUUGUUUUUGUGUGGUGGUUUUGGGGGGGGUUUUUGGGUGUGGUGUGUGGGUGUGUGGGUUUUGUGGUGGUUUGGUUGGGGUUUUGUUGGUUGUUUGGGGGUGUUGUGUGUGGUGUGGGGGGGGGGGGGGUUUUUGGUUGGUGAGUGGGGGUUGGUGGUGGGUGUUGUGGGGUGGGUUUGGUGUGGGGGGGGGUGGGUGUUGUGGUGGGGGGGUUGGGGUUUUUUGGUUUUUUGUUGGGUGGGUGGGAUUGUUGUGUUUUUGGGUUUGGGUUUGUUUUUUGUGGGUGGUAUGGGGUGGGGGUUUUGUGUUGGUGGGUGGUGUUUUUGGUUGUUUUGGGGUGUGUGGGUUUUUGUGUGUGGUUGGGUUUAGGUUGGGGGUGGUUGGUGGGUUUUGGGGUGGGGGGGUGUUUGUAGUUGGGGGUUGGUUGGUGGGGGGUUGUUUUUGGGUGUGGUGUGGGUGUUUUGGGGUUGGUUUGGUGGGGGGGUUGGUGGGGGUUGGUUGUUGUUUUUGGGUUUAUGGGUGGGUGAUGUUGAGGUGGGGGGGGGGUUUUGGUUUGGUUUUUUGUUUUGGUUGUUUUGUUGGGUUGGGUUGUGUUUGGAUUGUGUUGGGUGUUUUUUUUUAUGGGGUGUUGGGGGUUGUGGGGGUGUUGGGUUGUGAUUUGGUUGGAGUUGUGUUUUUGGUUGUUUGGUGGGUGUUGUGUAUUUUUGUUGUGGUGGGGUUUGUUGUUGUUUUUUGUGGGGUGUUUGUGGUGUUGGGUGGGUUUGGUGUGGGGGUGUGGGUUGUUGGGGGUGAUUUUUGUUUGGGUGUUGUGGGGUGUUUUGGUAGGGUUGGUGGGGUUGAGUGUGGAGGUGUUUUUUUGUUUAUUUGGUUUUUGGGUUUUUGUUGUUGGUGUUUUGGGGGGGUGGGUUGGGGGGGGUGGGUGGGGGGGUUUGGGUGGUUGGUGUGGUGGGUGGGUUGGGGGUGGGGUGGUUGUGGUUAG